AGAUCAAGAAGAAAGUCAUAGUUCAUAAUGUUAAACCUUCAGAUACUUUGGCAGGUGUAGCAUUGUUUUAUGGAAUCGAGUUAUCAAUUCUUAAAAAAGCAAACAAGUUAUGGACUAAUGAUUCAAUUCAUAUGCGUAAAUAUUUAAAUAUUCCUCUGGAAGAUUGUACAAUAACUGAAGAUGAGACUAAUGUAAUGGUACAGGAUGACCAUAUCACUAUAGUAAAUCAAUUACUUAAUGUGAAUAAUACAUAUAAUGACAAUUCUUCUAAUUCUUCCUUCACACCUAAUUUAAUUUCCGCGACUGAUUCAAAUUCUUCUAAUGGGACAACAACUGGAACAACAGUUGUCACACACGCAGAAAUACACCAAUUGCCUUCAUCACAAUUAUCAUAUUUUCCUUCUCCUCGACAUCAAACGACAACAACUAUAGAUUCAAAGACCUCCAAUUCUACAAAUUCUUCUUUCUUUUUAUCACCCUCGCCAAUACCUGUAUCAUAUAUUAAUAAAAAAGAUUCUAAUAAUAUUGUUGAUAAAUUACUGGUUAAUUUGAACAACACCAACAAUAAUAACCCGAAUUAUAAAGAUAAGAAAGGAUUUGUUGAUACAGUUAAAAAAAUAGUUGGUGAUAAAAGGAAAAUACGGAAUAAUUAUCCCGAAUUAGAAAUAUUAUUGGUUAAAAAAAAAAAUAAUUAA